UCUCAAACUUCACACUGACACUUCUAAUUACUAGUUACUGUUCAUUGCUUUGGUAACGCAAUAUUUUUUUAUGCAUGGAACUGGUCUAGGCUAACUAGAUAUCAAUAUACACCCUCGUAUAGCCGUUAUCAGGAUAACGGCAAUGAUGCCGUCAUUGAACAACAUAUAAGGGUACAAUAUUUCUUGUACGAGAUCUCCAAAUAUAGGGAAUAAUGAAUUGAAUGCAGGGGUUGACGAAAUGCCAUGAUUUUUUCCAAAAGAUUCAAGAUUAUCUGUCAAUCUGAAUUUUUUCUUAUUACCGAGGAGUUUUGUUGAAAUUUGCUCCAGUAUCAUUUCUUGUUCUAUAUAAUAUCUCUAAGUUUAUAAAAAAUUUUCAGAAUAAUCAUUGUGAAGAAAAAGAAGACAGCUAUAACAAUGCAUAACAGGAGACUACAACAAACCUUCGACUCUUACGGUAAGCCCUUGGCUUCAUCUACAUUUAUCAGGAAUGACAAGGAGAAACCAUCUUAUGAUGAUAGGAAUGCAAGAAAUAAACACAUGGAGUAUGAUGCACUAAGGGAGGGAAUUGUAAAAAAAAAGAUAAGUUUCUGGGAUGAACAUUCCAGAAAAUUCGCAGAAAAACAUGGUUUUGUGGAUAUUCCAAAGAAGAAGAUUUUAAAAACAUUCAAACUGGUGAAAUCGGGAAUUUAUUCCUGCUCGGGCCCUCAUCCAGGGUUUCAUUUCAUCAGCAGCGGAACUGUCACAUCGACUGGAUCCUCAGGAUAUAUCACCACAAGCAAUAGAGUCACAUCAAUCUCCACACCAUCAAGUGAAUCUGGGAUUGAAUCAAAUGAGGAACAACACGUUGAUGAAGAUGCUGUGAAAUCUGAUGAAAAGGCCAAAUAUCCAACAAAAUCUUUUAGAGAUAUAGGCGUUAAUACGUCGUACCAAAAACAACAAAUUUUGAAUAAUUAUGAAGAGAAACGGGAAUCUACUGAAUCAUCGAAGGAGGUGUUGGAUUGGAAUGAUUUAGUUGCCUUCAAAGAAGAAAUUUUCCAAAUGAAUGCUGAUUUUAUGGCAGAAGUCAGUCGAGAAGAGCCAAGAGAGGUUCAGCCUACACGCAAUCUGCUUUCCCGCAUUAACAGAACUGUCACGAUGUACACCAAGGAAAUGGUUAUAUUUUAUGUAUUUUUCAGAAUAGCGACAAUCAUUCUUUUCUUUUUAUGGUAAUUUUUUCAGUUUAUUUCGUUCAUUUAGAUUUUGCUUCUUCCAGUGUUAUUUAAAAUUGUCAGGCAUAUCUACAUUUUGGCAACGUAUAUAUUGUUUGAGUACAAUAUACAAUUGCAAAUACAAUGAAUUUAUUUUGUAAUAAUUCAUAUUACUUUCAUGUAUGUAAAUGCGUUUAUUUAUUUUUGAUGAAAUAUAAUUUGA